CUCAAUGUGUUGAUGCCUGUCUGAAAACAAACUGUCUCAGACAGGACUGUUACCAUGACUUCCUCUCCUAUUAUUGUAUUUUGUGCGGGUAUCAAGGCAGAUAGAGGAUAUGAAUAGUAAUAGUGGAGCAAAGAUGAGUUACGUCUGCCAUCAAGCACACUUACAAAACGGAGGAAACAGACAGCAAAAUACUCUGCUGCGUUUCUUAAGACGGGGCCGGGACGGGUAGCACGAGAACUCUAAACUAGCCUAUAGAUAGGCUACAAAGAUACGGAGACGACGUAAUGUCUUGCGCGGUGGAAUAACAAAUUAAAUGGACUGCAUUCCGUCGAAAGUUGAUUAUUCAAUAUAUAGAGCAAAGUGCAGUGAACCAAUCGCUCUCUAUCAAACACACAAGGCGUCUACGGGACUGUAGAACCGGAGGGAGACUCGUUUUUUUGCUGGUUUGCAUACAUUUCUGAUCCAUGAGUUUCAAGUGGAGCACUUUAAGUGACCUGAAGUAACGUUAGAAUGUUGUAUUGUUGUGAUUUACUCGGCCGUGUUUGGCACUCACCGAUCAUUUGGUUAUAUUUGUUGGCAUUUUUUAUAGCACCUGUGUUCUUACACCCACAAUGUUUGGAUUUCAAGCCCCCCUUCAAGCCUCAAGAUGACCUCCAGUUCUGCGCAAUGUACAGGAACUUCGGCUGCUGCGACUCUGCCAAGGACAAGGAAUUGAUGGCUAAAUUCUAUAAGAUCAUGGACAAUUUCGACUAUUAUGGAUAUGCCAGCUGUGCUGGGUAUGUGCAGGACCUUCUCUGCCAGGAAUGCUCUCCAUAUGCAGCUCACCUCUUUGAUGCUGAGGACCCCAGCACCCCUAUCAAAACCCUCCCUGGCCUCUGCCCUGACUACUGUUCACAGUUCUGGCUCAAAUGCCGUUCCACCAUCACCUUGCUCUCCGACGACCCGCAGCUAGCCGAAGCCGAGCCCAACCAGGACCGCUUCUGCCAGCACCUGGAGCUGGAGGACCCAGACUACUGUUACCCACACCUUCUCAGCAACGAACAGCUGACACAGAACUUGGGCCGGGUGCGGGCCGACCCCGAGGGUUGCCUGCAGCUCUGCCUGGAGGAAAUAGCCAAUGGCCUGCGGAACCCUCUGGCCAUGGUUUAUGCCAACGACGGAACACACCGCUUCUUUAUAGCAGAGCAGGUGGGUCUGGUGUGGACGUACCUGCCCGAUCGCUCCAAGCUGGAGACGCCGUUCCUGAACAUCACCAAGGCCGUUCUGACGUCGCCCUGGGAGGGGGACGAGAGGGGCUUCCUGGGCAUGACCUUUCAUCCCAACUACAAGUACAACAGGAAGCUAUAUGUAUACUACUCCGUGGAGAUUGGCUUCGAUGAGAGGAUCAGGAUCAGCGAGUUCCGCGUCUCCCCCAGCGACAUGAACGUGGUGGACCACGGGUCUGAGAGGAUCAUUCUGGAGGUUGACGAGCCUGCGUCCAAUCACAACGGAGGAAUGGUGAUGUUUGCUGAUGACGGUUACCUGUACAUUUUCACUGGAGACGGGGGCAUGGCUGGUGACCCCUUUGGGAAAUAUGGAAACUCUCAGAACAAGUCAGCCCUGUUAGGCAAAGUUCUCCGGAUCGAUGUUGAUGACAAUGACAGAGGUCCCCUGUACAGGAUCCCUUCCGACAACCCGUUCGUGCAUGAGCGCGGGGCGCGCCCUGAGGUCUAUGCUUACGGGGUGCGCAACAUGUGGAGGUGUUCUGUGGACCGGGGGGACCCCCUGACUAAGGAGGGCAAGGGACGCAUCUUCUGCGGGGACGUGGGACAGAACAAGUUUGAGGAGAUUGACAUCAUAGAGAAGGGAAGGAACUACGGCUGGAGGGCCAAAGAGGGGUUCUCCUGUUAUGACAAGAAGCUGUGCACCAACAGCUCUCUAGAUGAUGUACUCCCCAUCUAUGCCUACCCUCACAAGAUGGGCAAGUCUGUGACUGGUGGCUAUGUGUACAGAGGCUGUGAAUACCCCAAUCUGAACGGCAUGUACAUAUUUGGAGACUUUAUGAGCGGGCGUAUGAUGAGCCUCCAGGAGAAUAAGAACACAGGUCAGUGGGACUACCAUGAGAUCUGUAUGGGCAUGGGUCUGACCUGUGCUUUCCCUGGCUUAAUCAACAACUACUACCAGUACAUCAUCUCAUUUGCGGAGGACGAGGCAGGAGAACUGUACUUCAUGUCAACUGGAGUGCCCAGUGCCACAUCUCCCACCGGUGUGGUUUACAAACUGGUGGAUCCCUCAAGACGGGCACCGCCAAGACAAUGCCACUAUGACCCGCUGCCUGUCAGAGUGAAGAGCAAGCUCAUCAAGUUCAAACCAAAGGAAACAUUAACAGGAGUUGAACUACCGACCAAGCAACCAAAUCUCUCCCCGCAAGAAGAGCCCGUCAGACCCCAUCCCACUGAGUCUGCAGCAAGCGAGUCCGACAAGGACUGGCUUCAGGAGCUCAUGGACAUUCUGAAGGAGCAAGAGGCUGCCGCCGUCACCACCACACUUCCUCCAACCACAACCACAACCAAACCACCCAGGCACACACGACGGAAAAAUCGCAGGAAGAAGGGCAAGCAUCGGUCAGAGAGCGGGUCGGCAUCAGCAGCUGUGCCACAGAAUGGGGUGGUGAGACUGGCGGGGGACGAGCAGGGGCGGGACGACCGGGGGAGGGUGGAGAUAUUCGCCAACGGGGAGUGGGGAACAGUGUGCGACGACCUGUGGAAUACGAAAAACGCAGCAGUGGUUUGUCGACAGCUGGGGUUCCGGUUCGCCCUGAAGGCAUCCAAACACUCUGAGUUUGGAGAAGGGAAGAGUCUCCGGAUUCUUCUGGAUGAUGUACAGUGUGAGGGGACAGAGGAGAGCCUGCUGGGCUGUCAACACACAGGCGUAGGUAUGCAUAACUGUGCCCAUUACGAGGACGCAGGGGUGAUAUGCGGGAACUCGGACUACGUAGAUGCCUAGAAAUGAGAGUCCAUUGAAUUUAUUCCUGACUGUGGCCUAAGUGAUUGUAACUAAAACCAAGGAAUAUUGCUGUCUAACUUUUGACUAAUUGUUAUCAAUGGUGGCACUUAUAGGUCUACCUCUUUCAUUAAGGUAAUAUAAUGCUGAUUUAAUUGCUGUGUUAGUCUUAAAGGGUUUCUAUUUGAAUGGAAGUUUUUGCUAAUGCAAGACAUUGUCUUCUCUAAAUCAAAUUCAUCUAAACAGUUUUUCAAUGAAUGUAUAAAGAAUACCAGGUUAUUUAAUACUCACUCAUGAUCACAUACUGAAAUAAAUUAUCCAACUCACAAGAUAUGUGCUCAGUUGACAUGGAAAAACAUACUGUGUAUAUAUAUAUAUAUAUAUAUAUACAGUACCAGUCAAAAGUUGUGACACACCUACUCAUUCAAGGCUGUUUCUUUAUUUUUGUCUGCAUAGUAGAAUAAUAGUGACGACAUCAAAACUAUGAAAUAACACAUAUGGAAUCCUGUAGUAACCAAUUUCUUUUAAACAAAUCUAAAUAUUUUAUAUUUGAGAUUCUUCAAAGUAGCCAACAUUUGCAUUGUUGACAGCUUUGCACACAAUUGGCAUUCUCUCAACCAGAUUCAUGAGGUAGUCACCUUGAAUGCAUUUCAAUUAACAAAUGUGCCUUGUUAAAGUUCAUUUGUGGAAUUUCUUUCCUUAAUGCGUUUGAGCCAAUCAGUUGUGUUGUGAGAAGGUAGGGUUGGUAUACAGUGUUAAUUUAAUAGAGAGAGAGUUUGUGUUAAAGUCUGUUUUUGCCGUUGCUUUUUUUGUUUUAUUAUUUCACUUGCUUAGGCAAUGUAAACACGUUUCCCAUGCCAAUAAAGCGACUUUGGAAUUAAAUUAGAGGGAGAGAGAGAGAGAGAGAGUAUAGAGAGAGAGAGAUGGAAGAGAGGGGAAGAGGAAAUAGUGUUGAGUGACAGGAGAGGAUUAAGAGUGAAAGUCAGGGGCAAAGUUAAAACUGCCAAUUCGAAGCCUGGAAUCCAAACGGAAUAUCGCUCCGUUUCUCUAUUCAGUGUGGACUGACUAAAUGAUUUGUCCAAGUCAAAAUCAAAUCAAAUCAAACUUGAUUUGCCACAUGCACCGAAUACAACAAGUGUAGACUUUACCGUGAAAUGCUGACUUACAAGCCCUUAACCAACAGUGCAGUUUAAGAAGAAGAAAAUAUUUACCAAGUAGGCUAAAAUAAAAAGUAAUAAUAAAAAUUAACCCAAUAAGAAUAACAAUAACAGGGCUAUAUACAGGGAGCACCGGUACAGAGUCAGUGUGCAGGGGUACAAGCUAGUUGAGGUAAUCUGUACAUGUAGGUGGGGGCGAAGAAGCAUAGGUAACAAACAAACAGUGAAUAGCAGCAGUGUACAAGCAGUCUAAUGGCUUGGGGAUAGAAGCUGUUGAGGAGCCUUUUGGUCCUAGACUUGGCACCCCCGGUGCCGCUUGCCGUGCGGUAGCAGAGAAAACAGUCUAUAACUUGGGUGACUGGAGUCUGACAAUUUUAUGGGCUUUCCUCUGAGACCGCCUAUUAUAUAGGUCCUGAAUGGCAGGAAGCUUGGCUCCAGUGAUGUACUGGGCCGUUCGCACUGCCCUCUGCAGCGCCUUAUGGUCAGAUGCCGAGCAGUUGCCAUACCAGGCGGUGAUGGGGUAUGGGGCCCAUGCCAAAUCUUUUCAGUCUCCAGAGGUUGAAAAGGUUUUGUCGUCCCCUUUUCACGACUGUCUUGGUAUGUUUGGACCAUAUUAGUUUGUUGGUGAUGUGGACACUGAGGAACUUGAAACUCUCGACCCGCUCCACUACAGCCCCGUCAAUGUUAAUGGAGGCCUGUUCGGCCCGCCUUUUCCUGUAGUCCACGAUCAGCUCCGUUGUCUUGCUCAUAUUGAGAGAGAGGUUGUUGUCCUGGCACCACGCUGCCAGUUCUCUGACCUCCUCCCUAUAGGCUGUCUCAUCAAUGUUGGUGAUCAGGCCUACCACUGUUGUGUCGUCAGCAAACUUAAUGAUGGUGUUGGAGUCAUGUUUGGCCACGCAUUCAUAGGUGAACAGGGAAUACAGGAGGGGACUAAGUACACACCACUGAGGGGCCCCAGUGUUAAGGAUCAGCGUGGCAGACGUGUUGUUGCCUACCCUUACCACCUGGGGGCGGCUCUUCAGAAAGUCUUUGAUCCAGUUGCAGAGGGAGGUGUUUGGUCCCAGAGUCCUUAGCUUAGUGAUGAGCUUCGUGGGCACUAUGGUGUUGAACGCUGAGCUGUAGUCGAUGAACAGCAUUCUCACAUAGGUGUUCCUUUUGUCCAGGUGAGAAAGAGCGGUGUGGAGUGCGGUUGAGAUUGCGUCAUUUGUGGAUCUGUUGGGGUAGUAUGCGAAUUGGAGUGGGUCUAGGGUGUCUGGGAGGAUGCUGUUGAUGUGAGCCAUGACCAGCCUUUCAAAGCACUUCAUGGUUACCGACGUGAGUGCCAUGGGGCGGUAAUCAUUUAGGCAGGUUACCUUCGCUUCCUUAGGCACAGGAACUAUGGUGGUCUGCUUGAAACAUAUAGGUAUUAUAGACUCGGUCAGGGAGAGGUUAAAAAUACCAGUGAAGACACUUGACAGUUGGUCCGCGCAUGCUUUGAGUACACGUCCUGGUAAUCCGUCUGGCCCAGGGGCUUUGUGAAUGUUGACCUGUUGAAAGGUUUUGUUCACAUCAACUACAGAGAGCGUUAUCACACAGUCAUCCAGAACAGCUGAUGCUCUCGUGCAUGCUUCAGUGUUGCUUGCCUCAAGGCGAGCAUGAAAGGCAUUUAGCUCGUCUGGUAGGCUCGGGUCACUGGGCAGCUCGCCUCUGGGUUUCCCUUUGUAGUCCGUAUUAGUUUUCAAGCCCUGCCACAUCCGACGAGCACCCCAACAGAUCCACAGAUAAUGAACUCUCUAUUGCCCUCCACACUGCCCUUUCCCACCUGGACAAAAGGAACACCUUUGUGAAAAUGCUUUUCAUUAACUACAGAUCAGCUUUCAACACCAUAGUGCAGGGUUCCCCAACUGGCUGCCCGCGGGUCAAAUGUAGUUUUCUGAAUUUAAAAAAUAUAUAUAUAUAUUUUAGGGUGAAUUUUCAUUGUUGAACACAAGACUGUAAAAACACAAGAAAAUCAGCUCUAAUUAUGUUUGUCAAAUAUAUUGGUUUGAGCUGUUUGCGGUCAAUUUGCAGUCUACAAAUUAUUUGUAAUUAUUUUCAGGCCACCGACCAUCCAGUCAGGAUAUUAAUUUUUAUUGGCCCGCGGCUGACUCUAGUUGAUGAUCCCUGCCAUAGCUUAGAGAUGAGCUUGGAGGGCACUAAGGACCCUGGGAUGGAACACCUCUCUUUGGAACUGGAUCAUGGACUUCCUGACAGGCCGCCCCCAGGUGGUGAGGGUAGGCAACAAUACAUCCACCUCGCUGAUCCUCAACACAGUUAGUCCCCUCCUGCACUCCCUGUUCACCCACGACUGCUUGGCCACGUACGACUGCAACACCGUCAUUAAGUUUGCCGGUGACAGGACGGUGGUAGGUCUGACCACCGACAACGAUGAUACAGCCUAUUGGGAGGAGGUCAGAGACCUGGCAACCUCUCCCUCAACGUGAGCAAGAUAAAGGAGCUGAUCGUGGACUACAGGAAAAGGAGGGCCGAGCACUCCCCCAUUCACAUAAACGGGGCUGUAGCGGAGCAGGUCGAGAGCUUCAAGUUCCUUAGUAUCCACAUCACUAAGAACCUAUCGUGGUUCAAACAAACCAACACAGGCUUGAAGAAGACACGACAAUGCAUUUUCCCCCUCAGGAGGCUGAAAAGAUUUGGAAAGGUAGCUCAGAUCCUCAGAAAGUUCUACAGCUGCACCAUCGAGUGCAUCCUGACUGGUUGCAUCACUGCUUGGCACGGCAACUGCUCAACAAACUACAGCAAGGUACUACAGAGUGUAGUGCGUAUGGCCCAGUAUAUCACUGGGGCUGAGCUUCCUGUCAUCCAGGACCUCUAUUCCAGGCGGUGUCAGAGGAAGGCCCUAAAGUCAUAGGCUGUUCUCUGCUACAGCAUGGCAAGCGGAACUAGGGGGCCAAGUCUGGGACUAAAAGACUCAUUAAUAAGGCUACAGCAUCCGGUGAAAUUGGAGGGUGCGCAAUUCAGAUAAAUAAUCGUAACAUUAAACAUUUAUGAACAUACAAGUAUCUUAUAUCGUUUAAAAGCGUACAUUUGUUAAUCUAACUGCAUUGUCCGAUUUACAAUAGGCUUUACAGCGAAAGCAUACCAUGCGAUUGUUUGAGGACGGCGACCCACAUCAACAUAUUUUUCAACCAGCACGGCUUCAUAAAAUCACAAAUAGCGAUUAAAUAAAUCACUUACUUUUGAAAAUCUUCCUCAGUUUGCAAUUCCAAGGGUCCCAGCUACAACAUGAAUGGUUGUUUUGUUAGAUAAAAUCCUUCUUUAUAUCCCAAAAAGUCAGAUUUCAGUAAUCCACUCAUUCAACAUGCAGACAAAGGAGUCCAAAAAGCUACCGCUAAACUUUGUUCAAACUAGACAAGACAAACGUUUCUAUUUAAUCCUCAGGUACCUUAAAAUGUAAUUAAACUAUAAAAUUUAAUACGGAAAGAAUGUUCAAUAGAAAAGUAAAAUUAGCAGGCGCGCCUCUUCAUCGCGCGCCGACAGACUGAUUUUCCACUGGGACUGUACCAAACUCAAAAUUCUCCCUCGUUUUGGAAGAAACAAGCCUGAAACCUUAAACAAAGACUGUUGACAUCUAUUGGAAGCCAUAGGAAUUGCAAUCUGGGAGCUAGAAUUGCAUAGAACCCAUAGCUUUCCAUUAUAAGCCUGGGACCUCAAAAUAUUUAAAUUUACAGUUGGUUUUUCUUUGGAUUUUCACCUACCAUAUCAAUUGUGUUAUAUUCUCAUACAAUAUUUUAACAUUUCUACAAACUUCAAAGUGCUUUCUAUCCAGUGCUACCAAUUAUAUGCACAUCCUGGCUUCUGGGCCUGAGUAACAGGCAGUUUACCUUGGGCACAUCAGUCAGGUGGAAAUUCAAGAAAAUAGACCCUAGCCCUAAGAAGUUUUAACAGCUUCUACCCCCAAGCCAUAAGACUCCUGAACAGUUAAUCAAAUGGCUACCCGGACUAUUUGCAUUGACCCCCUUAUUUUUGUUGUUAUUAUGUUUUGCACUGACUCUCUUGCACAGUCUCGAUAUACAUUCACUGGACACAUACUACACUGACACUCCAACACACACAUUAAUAUUUAUGCACACACAUACAUUCACACACGCUGCUGCUACUCUGUUUAUUAUCUAUGCAUAGUCACUUUACCCCUACCAUGUCACGAUCGUCGUAGUGAGGAGACCAAGGCGCAGCGUGAUGUGAAUACAUCAUUUUUUAAUAAACGAAUGAACCACUAAACAAACUAACAAAAACAACAAAACGAACGUGAAGCUAUAAAUAACAGAGUGCCGACAGGCAACAACACAUAGACAACUACCCACAAAACCUAAAUGGAAAAUGGCAACCUAAUUAGGAUCCCCAAUCAGAGACAACGAUAAACAGCUGCCUCUGAUUGGGAACCAAUUCAGGCCACCAUAAACCUACAUUCCCUAGACAUACAAAAUCCCCAUAGAUAAACAAAAAACCCUAGACAAGACAAACACCCCUAUACCCACCCUUGUCACACCCUGACCUGACCAAAAUAAUACAGAAAAUAUAGAAAACUAAGGUCAGGGCGUGACAGUAACCCCCCCAAAGGUGUGGACUCCAGCCGCAAAACCUGAAUCUAUAGGAGAGGGUCUGGGUGGGCAUUUCUCCGCGGGGACGGCUCUGGUGAGGGACGUAGACCCCGCUCCACCUCUGGCUUGGCCCACUUAGGUGGCGCCUCUAGAGCGGGGACCCUCACCGCCGACCCCGGACUGGGGACCCUUGUAGCGGGCCCCGGACAGGAGGGCGACUCUGGCGGCUCCGGACAGGAGGGCGACUCUGGCGGCUCCGGACAGGAGGGCGACUCUGGCGGCUCCGGACAGGAGGGCGACUCUGGCGGCUCCGGACAGGAGGGCGACUCUGGCGGCUCCGGACAGGAGGGCGACUCUGGCGGCUCCGGACAGGAGGGCGACUCUGGCGGCUCCGGACAGGAGACCGUCACUGGAGGCUCCGGACUGGAGACCCCCAUUGGAGGCUUCGUGCCAUGUCUCACCCCUGGAGGCUUCUUGCCAUGGAUCAUCACUGGAGGCUUCGUGCCAUGGAUCACCACUGGAGGAUUCGUGCCAUGGAUCACCACUGGAGGCUUCGUGCCAUGGAUCAUCACUGGAGGCUUAAUGCCAUGGAUCAUCACUGGAGGCUCCGUGCCAUGAAUCAUCACUGGAGGCUUCUUGCCAUGGAUCAUCACUGGAGUGGAGAGACGCACAGGCCUGGCUCUGGGAGCAGGCACAGGACUCACCAGGCUGGGGAGACAUGCAGGAGGCCUUGGCCGAGGCACCGGUUACACUGGGCCGUGGAGGCGCACUGGAGGUCUCGAGCUAAGAGCCUGCACAACCCGUAGUGGCUGGGGACUUUGGCCCAGCACGUGCGGGGCGCAGGCACAGGACGCACUGGGCUGUGCAGACACACUGGAGAUACAGUGCGCAGAGCCGGCGCAGGAUAAUCCUGGGCCGUAGAGACGUACUGGAGGUCUGGAGAGCAGGGCUGGCACAAUCCUUCCUGGCUGGAUGCUCACCCUAGCCCGGCAGAUGUGGGGAGCUGGGAUGUAGCGCACCGGGCUAAGAACGCGUACUGGAGACACUGUGCGCUCCACCGCAUAACACCAGCCCGCAACGGUAAGCACGGGGAGUUGGCUCAGGUCUCCGACUUGACUCAUGCAAUCUCCUCGUGUGCCUCCCCCUACAAAAAUCAUGGGGCUGCCUCUCGGGCUUUCGUGCCAGCCGUGUACUCUCAUAUCCUCAACGUUCCUCCUGUGCUAUCUCCACCUGCUUCCAUGGCAGGGUCUUGUCCUCUGCCAUUACCUCCUCCCAGGUCCAGGAUGUCCUCCACUCCUCUUUCUCCCGGGUCCAAGAUUCCCACUCCUCUUUAGCACGCUGUUUGGUCCUUUUUUGGUGGGUAGUUCUGUCACGAUCGUCGUAGUGAGGAGACUAAGGCGCAGCGUGAUGUGAAUACACAAUUUUUUAAACAAACGAAUGAACCACUAAACAAACUAACAAAAACAACAAAAUGAAUGUGAAGCUAUAAAUAACAGAGUGCUGACAGGCAACAACACAUAGACAACUACCCACAAAACCGAAAUGGCAACCUAAAUAGGAUCCCCAAUCAGAGACAACGAUAAACAGCUGCCUCUGAUUGGGAACCAAUUCAGGCCACCAUAAACCUACAUUCCCUAGACAUACAAAAUCCCCAUAGAUAAACAAAAAACCCUAGACAAGACAAACACACCUGUACCCACCCUGACCAAUAUAAUACAGAAAAUAUAGAAAACUAAUGUCAGGGCGUGACAUACCUACAUGUACAUAUUACCUCAACCAUCCCGUACCCCUGCACAUUGACUCGUUACCCCCUGUAUAUAGCCUCGUUAUUGCUAUUUUAUUAUGCUACUAUUUUUUCCCAUUAAUUUAUUUAGCAAAUGCUUCUUCUUUUUUUUUUUUUUUUUUUUUUUUUUUUUAAACCUUUGCAUUGUUGCUUAAGUAAGCAUUUCAUAGUAAGGUCUAAACCUGUUGUAUUCGGCGCAUGUUUGACAAAUACUAUUUGAUUGGCACCUGAUUUGAUUUAGGCCUACCUUUAAUGUAAGAUGUCCUUGAGUUCCCUGAAAGGUGUCCGACAAAUAAAAUGUAUUAUCGUAAUUAUCAUUGCUAUAUACAGAGCAAAAUUCAGCAGUCUGAAAUAGCCCAAAAAUACCACUUUUCAAACUCCUAAGUCAAUGACAACCUGCUCAUAUGAAUCAGCCUGCUGUUGUUGUGAGAGUGACCCCUCUUCCGCUCUGACCAGGGUCAUUGAUAUGCCAAGCAUUAAGUAACACAGCUAGUGCCAGGCUUUCCCUGCCAACAAGAGACAGAGUGUAUGUAGUGGAAAGAAAGGCAACCUGUAGAUUUUAAAAUUCACUCUACUUUAUUGCUGUUGGCUCUGACCCUAUGCCACUCAGUCUGUAGUCAAGUGUAUAUCUCUGAAUUUGUGGAUUUAUUUAUAUUCUGCUUUACACUAAUUAUGCUUUUGAGCUCUGUGUCCACAAAGACUUGCUAAUAAAGUGUUUAUUCUCCAGUG